UCGAUCGGUCGAUUAUGCGGUCGAUCCACCGCCCUCACUGGAAGGUCCGUCCAGUAUUAAGCUCCCCCGAAAGCAUGUGCGCGUGCAAACAAAACGCUAACUUUUCCCAGAUGUGUGCUGCUUUAUUUAUACAGUUAUACUUUUGUUGAGGAUACUGAUAGAGAUGCAAGCAGACAGUUUUAUUCCCGGGAAGAGUGAUUUUCUGCAGCCAUCAGAUAGUGAGAUUCAAACAUGGAUGUCAAAGGCGUUUGACAUGGCAAUUGAGGCCCUUGAGAAUGGCGAGGUUCCAGUUGGCUGUCUAAUGGUUUACAACAAUGAGAUUAUUGGAAAAGGAAGAAAUGAGGUGAAUGAAACAAAAAAUGCUACUCGGCAUGCAGAAAUGGUGGCACUGGAUCAAGUGCUCGAUUGGUGCCGUUUCAGAGAGAAGGACCCGAAGGAGGUGUGUGAACAGACUGUACUUUAUGUGACAGUGGAGCCAUGUAUCAUGUGUGCAGCUGCUCUGCGCCUGCUUCACAUACCUCUUGUUGUAUAUGGGUGCAAAAAUGAGCGGUUUGGAGGCUGUGGCUCCGUCCUGGACAUCUCAUCAGAUCAUUUACCACAGACUGGAACUACAUUUAAGUGCAUCGCAGGCUAUAGAGCGGAAGAAGCCGUUGAAAUGCUCAAGACAUUUUAUAAACAAGAAAACCCAAAUGCUCCCAAACCUAAAGUGAGGAAAGAUUUGAACAGUCCACCAGGUGGAGCUGUAGUCAUUCAGGAACCACAUUGCCUCAUCAGCCAGACCACAUCGCUCGUAAACCUCCAGGCCUCUUCUUCUCUGUGGCUGGACGCAGUGAAUCUCUUCACAGCAUGUAGAAGCAAAGGACUGGGCCUGUUCUGCAUUAAAGCACAGGUUCUUCUCCAGCUUUUGCUCUCUUUGUGUCCUUAAACAACCCAGAACACUGGUUCUGAACUCUCAAUGAUCUCAGUCUUGGGCUCACUAGCAGAUGUAGGGCAGACCCAGGUGGAGUUUCCACUUACUUCAUUGCCAGAAAAUUUAAAGGGAUAGUUAAAAAUUAAUUUCUGUCAUUAUUUUCUCACCAUACUUUUUUUCUUCCAUGAAGCAAAAAAGGUGAAUUUUAUAAAGAAUAUCCACCUAGUUUUUUUUUCAAUAUAAUUAAAGUGAAUGAAGACUGAGGCUGUCAAAUUUUAAUGUAGCAAAAAAAUACAAUAAAAGUAUCAUAAAACAUAGCUUUGUUUUAUAUCCUUUUGUGUUCCCUGGAAGAUGAAAUGUCACACAGGCUUGGUAUGACUUGAAGGUGAGUAAAUAAUGACUAAAUCAUUCAUUUUAAGUGAAAUAUUUGAAGAUUUUUCCUUUUGGUUUGCCUUUUUUUUUUUUUUUUUUUUUCAUGCACACUAACUUUCAAAAACACUGAACCUUCUUUGUUGUUUCCUCUUAGUGUUGUUUUAGUAUUAUUUCUAUAUAAUGUUAUAUUUUUAUUAGUAUUUUGAAUUAACUUUAAUUUUUUAUAUUUUCAGCUUUCAUUUUAAUUUUUGUUUGAUUUUUAGUAAUUUUGUAAUGUGCUUUUUUCAUUACUAUUUUUUUUUUCCAAAAUUUCAAAUUUUCAUUUAGUUUUUCAACAAUUUCAUUUAAUAUUUGAUUUAAUUUCAGCUUUAUUUCAGUUAACAAAAAUAUUUAUAAUAGUUUUAGUUAAUAAUAACCCUGAUUUGCUCACUUCCACUUGUGAAAGUAUUCAUGUCGUGUUGCAUUUCUGGCUAUUAAAGUAUAACUUAGCUCUCAUGAGCGAUACCAUAAUGGUUUCAAAACCCCACAUUAUUAAAUUGCCAUGUAAUGUAUUAUUAGUGGCUGGAAGUGGGUUUUCUGUGGGUGCGUAUGAAAGAGAAAUCAAGCGGUUUUGGAAGUAGAUAUGAGGUGUCUGAGAUCUUUAGGUCUGUCAUUUUUCAAAGCCUGUCGUCUUACAUGGUUAUGGGUUCUGCCGGCCAUAUCAUAUGAAUCUGAAACAUUUCCUCGGUCAGUUACUGCUCUGUUAUUGUCAUUGUAAGUAGAGAACCCAUGGGUUUAAUUGUUUUGUGAUGAAUGAUCAGACAUUGAGAGCUCACAGCUGGCUUUUUUAAUAUGAACAUACUAUCUUGAUGUUGAAAUGACAGGAGCUGUCAUUAAUAAAUACAAAUAAUAAUUUA